CCUUUGGCGCAGUCCCCUCCCGUCCCGGCGCGUUCUCCGCGAUCGCGGGUCCCCAGCGCCCGCCGCAGUCGCCAGCUGUCCCCGCCCUGACCGCUGACCCAGACGUGUCCCCGGCGGCCGCUGGCAGUGCCUGUACCAUGGGGCUCCCUACUCUGGAGUUCAGCGAUUCCUACUUAGACAGUCCGGAUUUCAGGGAGCGCCUGCAGUGUCACGAGAUUGAGCUGGAGCGAACCAACAAGUUCAUCAAAGAGCUCAUUAAGGACGGCUCUCUGCUCAUCGGGGCGUUGAGGAAUCUGUCUAUGGCAGUACAGAAAUUUUCCCAGUCACUGCAAGAUUUCCAAUUUGAAUGUAUUGGUGAUGCUGAAACAGAUGAUGAAAUUAGUAUCGCUCAGUCACUAAAAGAAUUUGCAAGACUACUCAUCACGGUAGAAGAAGAAAGGAGAAGACUGAUUCAAAACGCUAAUGAUGUAUUAAUUGCGCCACUUGAGAAAUUUCGAAAAGAACAGAUAGGUGCAGCAAAAGAUGGAAAGAAGAAGUUUGACAAGGAGAGUGAAAAAUACUAUUCUAUUCUUGAUAAGCAUUUAAAUUUGUCUGCAAAGAAAAAGGAGUCCCACUUGCAAGAGGCAGAUACACAGAUUGACCGAGAGCAUCAAAACUUCUAUGAAGCAUCACUAGAAUAUGUCUUUAAAAUUCAAGAAGUUCAAGAAAAAAAGAAGUUUGAAUUUGUUGAACCGCUUUUGUCAUUCCUUCAGGGUCUGUUUACAUUUUACCAUGAGGGAUAUGAACUCGCCCAGGAAUUUGCACCAUAUAAACAACAGCUGCAGUUCAACUUGCAGAAUACAAGGAAUAAUUUUGAAAGUACUCGACAAGAGGUAGAGCGGUUGAUGCAAAGGAUGAAAUCUGCCAACCAAGAUUACAGACCACCCAGCCAGUGGACAAUGGAAGGCUAUCUUUAUGUCCAGGAAAAACGACCACUUGGUUUUACAUGGAUUAAACAUUAUUGUACAUAUGAUAAAGGAAGUAAAACAUUCACCAUGAGUGUUUCAGAAAUGAAAUCCAGUGGGAAAAUGAAUGGUCUUGUUACUAGCUCACCAGAAAUGUUUAAAUUAAAAUCUUGUAUCCGGCGAAAGACUGAUUCAAUUGACAAACGAUUCUGCUUUGACAUAGAAGUAGUUGAAAGGCAUGGGAUCAUCACAUUGCAGGCCUUCUCAGAAGCUAAUCGGAAACUCUGGCUCGAAGCCAUGGAUGGGAAAGAACCAAUUUACACCCUGCCUGCCAUUAUGAGCAAGAAAGAAGAAAUGUACUUAAAUGAAGCAGGGUUCAACUUUGUGAGAAAAUGCAUUCAAGCUGUGGAAACACGAGGCAUCACCAUUUUAGGCCUCUACCGAAUAGGAGGAGUAAACUCCAAAGUUCAGAAACUCAUGAACACCACAUUUUCUCCAAAAUCUCCUCCUGAUAUUGACAUUGAUAUUGAACUAUGGGACAACAAGACAAUUACAAGUGGACUAAAAAACUACCUCAGGUGCCUUGCAGAACCACUGAUGACUUACAAGUUACAUAAAGAUUUUAUUGUUGCUGUUAAAUCUGAUGACCAAAACUAUCGGGUAGAGGCUGUACAUGCAUUGGUGCACAAAUUGCCAGAGAAAAACAGAGAGAUGCUGGACAUCUUAAUAAAGCACCUGGUCAAAGUGUCACUACAUAGCCAACAAAAUCUCAUGACUGUCUCAAACCUUGGUGUCAUAUUUGGCCCAACUUUAAUGAGAGCACAAGAAGAAACUGUGGCUGCUAUGAUGAAUAUUAAAUUUCAGAAUAUUGUGGUUGAAAUUCUUAUAGAACACUAUGAAAAGAUUUUUCAUACUGCCCCAGACCCCAGCAUUCCUCUUCCUCAGCCUCAGUCUCGAUCUGGAUCCCGAAGGACACGCGCAAUCUGCCUCUCUACAGGCUCCCGGAAGCCCAGAGGGAGGUAUACUCCGUGCUUGGCAGAACCCGAUAGUGACUCCUAUAGCAGCAGCCCAGCCAGCACACCCAUGGGGAGCAUCGAGUCACUCUCCUCUCACUCCUCUGAACAAAACAGCACUACAAAGUCUGCUUCCUGCCAGCCCAGGGAGAAAUCUGCAGGGAUUCCUUGGAUUGCAUCCCCAUCACCUUCCAAUGGACAGAAAAGUCUUGGUCUCUGGACAACUAGUCCUGAAUCCAGUUCUAGAGAAGAUGCAACCAAAACAGAUGCAGAAUCAGAUUGCCAGAGUGUUGCCUCUGUCACCAGCCCAGGGGACGUUUCCCCACCCAUUGACCUGGCCAAGAAAGGGCCUCAUGGGCUGUCGGGACUGAAAAGAGCCUCGGCUACGUUUCUCAGAUCCAUCUCUGCAGCCGAAGGAAACAAGAGCUACAGUGGUUCUGUUCAAAGCUUAACUUCCAUAGGUUCCAAAGAGACACCUAAAGCCCCACCAAACCCAGACCUGCCUCCAAAAAUGUGCAGGAGGUUAAGACUAGACACCUCCUCAAGCAAUGGCUACCAGCGACCUGGCUCCAUUGUGGCAGCAAAAGCCCAACUGUUUGAAAACGUUGGUUCACUUAAGCCAGUUUCUUCUGGGCGCCAAGCCAAAGCCAUGUACUCCUGUAAAGCAGAGCACAGCCACGAGCUCUCCUUCCCACAGGGGGCGAUAUUUUCUAAUGUGUACCCAUCAGUGGAACCAGGAUGGUUGAAGGCAACUUAUGAAGGCAAAACAGGACUAGUCCCAGAAAAUUAUGUUGUCUUCCUCUAAUACUAUUUAGGGAUGGCAGUAUCUUCAUGGUAUCCAUGGUAACAGAUAAUAAGUGCUAUGAUUUUAUCUGACACAGAUAUAGGGAUCAGCCCACUAAAUGAAAACAAUUUCUAUCAUGUUCUACACCAGCAACUAUGUAGCUCCCUAUUAAUGGAAAAAGAAAAAAGAGCUUGAAUAGUUUGCCAUUCUUUUUAUUUUUUGGCUGGUUUCUUAUUUAAAAAUAUCUUUCUUUCUCUUCGAUAAGUGACUCUCCACAGUGUCUCUUCCCUAACAAUUAAGAAAUCUCAAAUACUGUAUUAAGUAAUAUACCCCAGAAAUUUGAAAACCAGAAAUCUGAUAUAGAGAUUUUGAAAUCUUCCCUUAACUGUCUGGCAUUCUCUGAGGAACCUUGAAAUCAUUACUUAAAAAUGUAAUUUAAAUUGUUCAUUUAUCUUUUUCCUUAAAAAUAUACUGUUUUUAUAUAUGAUUGUUUUGCUGGUCCUAAACAUUUCAACGAAAUAAUUUUUUUUAAAUGUAACUUUAUUUUUAUUUGUUUACCAGGUAGAUGAUAAUAUUCAAAAGCAAUGAUGUAUAUGAUGUCUGUAAAUGAAACCAAAUUAAGUCAUACACUGACCCACUGUAAACACUCCGUCCAGCAUUCCAGAGACACCAUUCAUGAGCUUAGAGCAGGGAUCAGCCAGCUUUUUCUGUAAAGGCCUGACAGUAAAUAUUUUGGUCUUUGCAAGCCCUGUAGCCUCCAUAGCAUUACUCAACCCUGCCAUUGUAGCAGAAAGCCAUACACAGUAAACAUACACAUGAGUGUGGCUGUGUGCCAAUACACCUUUAUUUAUGGACCCUGAUUUUGAAGAUCACAUAAUUAUCACAAGACACGAAAUAGUCUUCGAUGACUUUUUAAAAUCUAUCUUAAAAUGUAAAAGCUGUUUUCAGCUGAUGGACCAUAGAUUUGACUCAUGGAUCGUGGUUUGCCAACCCCUGGUUUAGAGGAUGUUUAAAACUACCUUUAUGACUUUCCGAUUUUUAUGAAAUUUUACUACAUUAACAUAUAAAUAUGGAUAAAUCAUAUGCACACAUCUUCUGUCAUUAACAUUAUAGUGGCAUCAUAAAAGUAUAAUUACAAUAAGAGGAAAACAAUAUAAAAGUGCAGUAUAAAGGCAUGCAACUUAAAAUACUGAAGUGACAAAGAAUUUUAUUAAUACCUAAUUUUGGCUAAUGAGAAAUUCUCUACAAAUGAUAAAUAUGUUGUUUUCAGACACUAGUAGUAAAGCUAUGCCUUCUAAAGUCUAUACUUAGUUGACACAGAAUCUAAAUGUAAAGGUAAAGGAUUCUUAAAUUAUUUCGAAACACAAAAUUUUAAAUUGUUUUAUCUUUAGUAGGAAUAAAAUUUGUAUAUGUUUUUUUGCUUGCCAUUCAAUUUACAGCCUUUAUUAGGAAUUUCACUGAAUUUAUAGAGCGUAGAAAUAGAUAUUUACUACCCAUUUAUAUAUAUCAUCAGCAUCUGGUCAUGCAUCAACCUUUAUUUCUAUUAUUUCUAUUUCAAUAAUAUUGAUAUAUUGUUUCUAUAAAUAUUUGUAUGUGGCAAAGAGUCUUCUCAAGAUUCUAAAAAGCUGGCUACCUGCCAUUUAACUGCCACAGUGCUGGCCCACUUUGUCAUAUUUUACUAGUUACUUCAGAGUUCUUCACUGUGCAGCACUCAGGUAUUGACUGUAUAAAACUUUUUAUGUGAUAUUAUAAUCUAUAAUCUCAGUCUCUUCUACUUUAAAUUAAUGUUUCUCAAGUUAAUAGAUUAUAUGCUCACACAUAUACACACAACUAUGCCUUGGAACAUUUAUGGUUUUAAAAUUAAAAAUGGAAUAAUAGAUUAGAAUUUAAAAGUAAAGGGAAUAACAGUAGGCAGAGUCACAAUGAGAAAUAAACAUCAGUACAUUGGAAUGGAAAAUAUUUAAUAUUAUAAAAAUUAAUAAUAUAAUGAAGAAAUCUGCUAAACAUUUCUUUUUCUUUUGCCUCCUGCUCUUGAUCUAUAAUCACACUAUAAUCAGGUGUUGCUAGAGCUUCUUGAUCUCUUGAUCGUUGGUGGCCCUAACUAGUAAUAAUAGCAUCGCUGAUACCCUGACUACCCUCUGCUGGAACAGAAGGUUGUCUUUCCUGUGUACCAGUCUCUCGGUCUAUAUAACACCCGCUGUUUAAGCACCCUUGGCAUCAUCUGGCAUCCUAUGAGAUUAGAAUUUCUUAAAUCAAAAUCGAUUUUCUUUCAAAGACCAACUUGACUCAAAAGAGAGAUUCAGAAUCAUACUUCAUUUGCUCUUGCAUUAAGAAAUCUCAACCUUCAUUUUAUUUUGAUACAGAUAAGAGUGUUCCUGACUCUAAGUUGUCUGUGAGCUAAUUCUACUGAUUCUCAGUCAGGAAUUAAAACUUUUGAUGAGUAGGGCAUGGGUGUGAAGCCCAGCCCUCAUCUCUCUGUGGUGAGGCGUAUCUUGUGGCAGUACUUGUUGUAGUUCCUUUUUGGAAACAAGCUACAAAGUACUCACUUAAUUUGUGUUUUUGUUUGAAGUUUUAAUUUUACCGAUUUGUUAGGAUGGUCCUUUUUUCUUCAUACUGAUUACAUGUGUAAGCAAGGCACAGCCAUAUACUGGAGGCAGACUAAAGCUACUUUUCCCUAGAAAUAAAUUUCCUGCAGAUAAGACAUGUGCUCAAAAUCACACAGAAUAUUAAUUACACAAGAAAAUAAUGCCAGUCAUUGAAGAAAGAUCACAUUCAAAAUUGUAACAGCAUUUCAAUAAUGAAACUUUAGCUUUUUGGAGACAACAUAAAGUUAUGUUAGAAUUGCCACAUUCACACCUUCAAAACACACAAUGUGGGCACCCUAAUCACUGCUUACAGUAUAAUCAGUAUGAGGAUAAGACUGAUGAGUUUCAGUCGUCUUGUGUGUUAUGUGAAAAUAUCCCUGAGUACAAAACAUUUAUGUAUUUAACAGAUGACUCUUUUGUUGUACCAUAAUUCUACCAAGUUUAAAGAAACUGGUCAGUAAACUGAAGGCUUUUUCUGUUGUGUUAUGUGAAUAUGUCUGAACAGUUAAAUAAUGUUUGUAUUCCUGUAAAGUCUGUGAAGUUUGAGGAAGUGCCAUGUCUCCUUGUUUGACGUGAGUGGUUUUGCUAAUUGCAUCGACACUCUCUGCUUUGUAAUUUGAAUGAGGGUAACCAGUUUUCUCCACAAUGUCUUGAUUGCUGGCUUUUUCAGUGAUGGUGGAGGAAACAAAAUGUACCUUAUAAUCAAGAACAAUCCAGGAUCCCAAGUAGGAAAAAUAAAGAUACAAAAUGACUUUUAUUGUAUUCUUAUUCUAGAUACUUCAUUUUAUAUACUGUGGUAUGCCUUCUAAAUUUCCCCUAUGUCAUAAGGAAGAUAAACCUGGCAUCAUAAUCUUGUGGAGGUAACACCCUGCUAACCUUACUCCCAGCCUCAUUCUUCAGGUCUGUGUCUGACAUGAGAAAGGAUAUCAUCCACAUGGAUACUAGUGUAGAAGAAUCCCGUACAGCCUUUCUUUAAACAAUUUAAAUUUGUAGUGAACCCCCCCAAAUUAUGUGUUCAGGAUGCUUUCAUUAGCAUUUAAAACCCCAGUAUAAUUUAUACUUUAUUGACUGAAGUCAGUGGCAGACCAAUUUAGGAACAGAUUUUGUUCUUUGGUUCCAUAAUACAUUUGUAAUUUGCAGCUUUUACUCUGACCUAAAAUCAUUGAGCAGGACCCCAAAAUCAUAUCUUCUGGUAAAGAAGAAAAGCAGACACUUGACAGUUGUCCAGAAGUUCUUUUCCUCUUGACUAGAAGUUUCUACCCACUUAGGAUAGAAAUUGCAGUUUAAUUUUACCUCCUAUUUUUUUUUUUAGCUGUCUACCAAAAUCAGAACACUUUUUUACAAAUGAGGUUAACCUUUCUGAAUAGUCUAUAUCCUGGUUGUUCCCUGUUGAUCCAAACAUUGAAUAUGAAGUAUUUAUCAACUAGUCUCACAUCUCGUGAACACAUUCAUUGUAUAUCCAUCCAUGGUUACUAAUAUGUUCUUACUUCAAAUGUGCAGGUUCUACUUGGUAGUAACCUUGCACACUCAGGCUUAUGAAUGGACUUUUAGAGGAUCAGAUCAAUAAAUAGGAUUGUUUACUUUUUAUUUUUUUAAGGCAGCUGCAUCUACUGUUUUAAAUAAAGAGUCUCAAAUAAGAAUGUUGACAGCCCUCACAGCAAGUCAUUGGCAGAAAACUGAUCUGUAUAUUCUAGACCAAUGUUUAAAGGCAGUUGUAUGAGAUAGGGAGCCCAAUAGUUCUUCACUUCGCUCUCUGGCACUCAUAGGAGUGAUGCCAAGUUUAGAGGUGAAUACUUCUUGGUGCUAUAGGGAGAGAUGGAGUCUGUGUGCUUACUGAGGAGUCCCAGAAGGCAGGGGCCAUUUACAUUAUUAGAAACAUAGAUAUCCUCCAUCACCAAAGAUGUUCAUGUACAUGGCUACAUGAAGAACUUAACAGUUAGAGUGGAGCAGGGACUGAAAGUGCCAAGACCACCUUAAUUAUAAGACCACUUUCUCCCCUUUUGUAUCAUCUGCCAUUUCUCAGCAGUGUUUUCCAUGGUUUUUACCCUUCCAGAGUUGAAAGCAUGCCAGCUUUGUCUUGAAUCCAAGCAGACUUAAAUUAAAAUGUGCAUUAUUCUUUAUAUGGCAGCAUGUUAGAGGUUUUAUAUCUGCCUCUGUAUCUUCAGUCACCUUCUUUUGACAGAGCACAUUGUACGUGAUUUAUGUUUAAAAUCCAAGAUAUCACUACAUAUUGAGAGCUGUGAUUUCAAGUCUUCUUGAACUCUGAGCUGAAACUUGCAAAUAGGGAGUUUGUCAGGGAAGACGACUGUUUUUUUUUUUGAAUUCAGAAUCCUAUUUAUAUACUGUUAAAAUUUGAGGUACUAUAGUUUAUAUAAAAGUUGAAUAUUUUGAUACUAUAUUUCAGUACUAGGAAUUUCUUUGCAGCCAUUAACAUGACAAAUUAAUAAAUGAUAAAAAUGAUUGUCAGUAAAUUAUCAUAUUGAAUUUUUUGUUUAUUUUGUAGUGUUUUUGUAUUUAUCUGCACUUUGUGUAUUUAUACACAUACAUACACAAACAUGUAAAUAACCUCAUAUUAUUCCUAACCUAAAUUGCCACAAUAUCUUUGAUAUAUGUUUACAUUGUAUGUUAAAUUACUUCAAAAAAUAAAUGAUGUAAACACA